AUGUCCGACACCGCCGAAAACGUCUCCAUCCUCGCCCUGGCCGAGGGCAUCCUCUCAAAAACCAAAGAAAUCACCGCCUACCUCCAAUCCAACAACCUCCCCGCCUCCACCUUCUCCCCCUCCUCCGCCUCACCCCCCAACAAGGCAGACUACCGCGAGCUCCAAGGCAGCCUCCGCACCCUCCUAGAAGACCUCCAGCGUCUCGUCGACGGACCAGCGCUCUUCUACCGCCACUUCCUCAUGCGGGGCUACGAAAUCGCCGCAUUCCAAAUCGCCCUCGACUUUGACUUCUUCACGCUUAUCCCAGCCGAGGGGGAAAUCUUCGUGGAGGAACUCGCAAAAAAGGCAGGCUUGGACACCGACAGGACAGGAAGGGUGGUGAGGUUGUUGAUAACUCAUCGGUUCUUUCAGGAGACGAGGAAGGGGUAUUUCUCGCAUAAUUCGUUCUCUUAUGCGCUGCAGCAGGAUGAUGAGGUUAGGUCUAUGGUGCAUUAUUCGUUUGACGAGAUGCUCAAGGCAGCGGCCGAGUCGAGUGUUGCUCUGAAGGCGACUCCCAAUGAGUCUGACAGUGUGCAUUGCCCGUUUUACGCCAGACAUGGGGUGCCGAUUUUUAGGUAUUAUUCCAAGCACCCGGAACAUGCUGGGAGGUUUGCGAAGGCAAUGGCUGGGUGGAGGAAGAUGGAAAACAGCGUCACCGAAUUGCGUGAUAACUUCAACUGGGGAAGCAUCAAGGGCAACGUGGUAGAUGUCGGCGGUGGAAGCGGCCAUGUCGCUAUCAUUCUCGCUCGAACCUUCCCCCAUCUCAACUUCAUCGUCCAGGAUGAAUCCGACGAUAUGCUCGCCCAAGGCCAACGCCUCCUCACCGACGAUGUCCGUAACCGCGUGUCCUUCUCUCGGGCAAGCUUCUUCGAGCCUCAGCCAUACAAAGGCGCUUCGGCAUACCUCAUCCGGCAGUGCACCCACAACUGGGCAGAUCACGACGUUGUCAGAAUGUUCAGAUCGGUGGUUCCUGGGCUUGAGGGUUCACCAGAGGGCACACCACUGUUGAUCAACGAUAUUGUGCUGCCUGAGCCGGGGACAGUCCCGAGGUAUUGGGAGAGGGAAAUGAGGCAGGCCGAUAUGGUGAUGUUGGUGAGCUUUGGCGCUAAGCAGAGGACAAAACAGGAGUUUGAGAAGUUGUUGAAGGAAGCGGAUGAAAGGUAUGAGAUUCGAAAGGUGCAUGAUAAGGGGGCAUUGGGGUUGUUGGAGGUUCACUUGAGAAGGUGA